AUGCUACAGAGUAGAAUCUGUUGCUUCUUUCUAAUUUUGAUGCUAUUGAUGGUGGAUUCGAGUGAAGGGUCCAGAAGGUUAAGUGUGGAAACACAGGAUAUUGAAGUUCAGAAACUAUUGAACCAAUUAAACAAGCCUCCAGUGAAGACAAUCAAGAUUCCAGAUGGUGAUAUCAUCGAUUGCAUUCAUAUGUCCCACCAACCAGCAUUUGAUCAUCCUCUGCUCAAGAAUCAUACCAUUCAGAAGAUACCAAACUAUCAUCCAGAAAGUGUCUUUGGGAUCAACAAAACAUCCGAUUUGGAAACAGAUGCUAAACUAAGCACUCAAGGAUUGCAGUUGUUCGGAAGGUGCCCUGAAGGGACCAUCCCUAACAGAAGAGUAAAGCGGGAAGACCUCUUUAGAGCAAGCUCUUUUAAGGGGUUUGGACAGAAGAAACACGGAAGCAUUCCUAAGCCAAUGUCUACUUCUCCUGACACCCAAACUGGCCUCCAGCAUGAAGUUGCGUAUGUUGAAGGAGGAAGAUACUAUGGUGCAAAGGCAGCCAUAAAUGUUUGGCAACCUCAAAUUCAGAAACCAAAUGGGCUCUCCUUGUCCCAGAUCUGGGUAUUGGGAGGUUCUCCCAAUUCUGAUUUUGACAGCAUAGAAGCUGGUUGGCAGGUCAGCCACGAUUUGUAUGGAGAUUACAAUACAAGAUUUUUCAUCUCUCGGACUGUAAGUCAUCAAAUUAUUACUUCUUCAAUUAUUGGUUGUGAUGGUUAUAAAGAGACGGGAUGUUACAACUUGCUUUGCUCAGGCUUUGUGCAAACCUCUAGUCAGAUAGCUCUUGGAGCCGCUAUCAGCCCAAUCUCUACCUAUAAGAGUUCACAAUUUCAGAUCGUUUUACUGGUUCAGAAGGAUCCAAAAUCUGGUAACUGGUGGCUGCAUUUUGGGGGUGAGCCAGUUGGGUACUGGCCUGCUGUUUUGUUUUCAGACUUAAACAAUGGUGCUUCAAUGGUGGCAUGGGGUGGUGAAGUUGCCAACUCAGAAUCAAAGGAAUCAACAACCAUAACUCAAAUGGGUAGUGGAUGCUUCCCGGACGAAGGUUAUUCAGGAGCAAGUUACUUCAGGGACUUCCGGGUUGUAGAUGACUCAAACAACUUGAUAGCCCCUGAAGACGUGCAAUCUUUUACCAAGCAUUCAGAAUGUUAUGAUGUAAAGCUCCAGAAAGAAGUAGAUUGGGGUAAUGCCAUUUACUAUGGUGGACCUGGUUGUCCGUGA